AAUUCCCAAAAAUUCCAGGGUAAAAAAGGGUCUAAGAUUUCUAACAAUUCCCAGAAAUUCCCAAAAAUUCCAAGGUAAAAAGAGUCUAAGAUUCCUAACAAUUCCCAGAAAUUCCCAAAAAUUCCAAGGUAAAAAGAGUCUAAGAUUCCCAAUAAUUCCCAAAAAUCGCAAGGUUAAAAGGGUCUACGAUUCCUAUCAAUUCCUAGAAAUUCUCAGAAAUUCCAAGGUAAAAGGGGUCUAAGAUUUCUAUUAAUUACCAGAAAUUCCCAGAAAUUCCAAGGUAAAAAUAGGCUACGAUUUCUAUCAAUUCCCAGGAAUUCCCAGAAAUUCCAAGGUAAAAAGGGUCUAAGAUUCCCAACAAUUCCCAAAAAUUCCCAAAAAUUCCAAGGUUAAAAGGGUCUAAGAUUCCUAAUAAUUCCCAGAAAUUCCCAGAAUUUCCAAGGUUAAAAGGGUCUAAGAUUCCUAUCAAAUCCCAGAAAUUCCCAAAAAUUCCAGGGUAAAAAAGGAUCUAAGAUUUCUAACAAUUCCCAGUAAUUCCCAAAAAUUCCAAGGUAAAAAGAGUCUAAGAUUCCUAACAAUUCCCAGAAAUUCCCAAAAAUUCCAAGGUAAAAAG